GGUUCUUCCUCCCCAUACCCACCGAGAGUGAGGAGAAUCCCAAACGCGGGGUCCCCAAGGUGAAUGGGUAGCUUCUUACAGGGAUUAUACCUCUUGGCUUUUGUUACCCAUGGCAUGGGGAGUGCCUCUUUGCUCGUGCCUUUUUUUUUUUUCUCCUUUCUUUUUUUUGGAGGUCACGCUGGAUUAUUGUACCCGCCCCCGUAUGUUGUCGGAAGCUGCUCAGGUCAGCGUACGUAGGUAGUAGAUGGAAUGACAAAAAGAGGAACUGGGCUUAUCCAUGGAUAGGUUAGUUACCUUGGGUAGUGAGUAUAUAAGCUGAGCAAUCUCCUGAGGGGAUAAUCGUUGUUUGCCUGUUGUAAUGGUAUUAGUAUCUAGCUCCCCUUCCUGUAGAGUCUUAAAGUAACCCCCUCCUCCUCCCCUGAAAGACUUUGCGACAAUGGCUGGAGGCGUCAAAAAGCCUGUCAACAUCUUCAAGUUGAAGGACCUAGGAGAGCCGAAGAAUGUCUUCAAUUGGCGACUAUGGUUCGCCGUCAUCUCCUUUGGUCUCCUCGGCGCCGCCCGUGGGGUCGACGAGGGUCUGAUCUCGGGCGCAUUCAACUCCAAAGACUUCCAAAGAACGAUCAACUAUUCUUCGUAUGGCGACGUCGAGCGGACUAAUAUCAAGGCUAACGUAUCUGCCAUGGUCCAGAUCGGCUCCGUUGGCGGUGCUUUGUUCGCCUUCGUCAUCUGCGAUCGCAUCGGUAGGAUAUGGGCUACGCGACAGCUCUGCCUGUUAUGGAUUUUGGGAAUUGCAAUCUUCAUGGGUAACGGCGGCAGUGUUGGAGCUGUUUAUGCUGGACGGUUUAUUGCAGGCCUUGGAGUUGGCCAGACCCCUGUUGUCGGUCCCAUUUACGGAAAUAUCGCCGAGAUCGCCCCAGCCUCCAUUCGUGGCUUGUGCACUUGUAUCUUCACCGGAUUCGUUUACGUCGGUAUCGUUCUCGCCUAUUUUACCAACUACGGCGCUCAGAUCAACCUCGGUGACUCGACUCACGUCCGCUGGCUCGCACCAACAAGUCUACAUAUCAUUUUCGCUGGGCUCAUCUUCAUCCUGACCUUCUUCCAGUAUGAGUCCCCGCGCUUCCUCAUCAAGCAGGGAAGACAUGACGAGGCUACUGAGACAAUGGCCCACAUCCGCCACUUACCGGUGGAUGACCCCUAUGUUCUCUCAGAGAUCAACGCUAUUAGGACCGCACACGAGGAAGAACUCGAAGCUACUAUGGGGUCUAGCUGGUAUGGAGUGCUGAAGGAGAUGUUCUUGAUUCCUAGCAACCUUUACCGUCUUUAUCUUAGCGCCAUGGUCCAGUUCUUGUCCCAAUGGUCGGGUGCUGGAUCUAUCACCUUAUAUGCGCCCGACCUUUUCAAGCUUCUAGGUAUCACAGGCCAAAAUGAGUCCCUCCUAGUCACCGGUGUAUUCGGUAUCGUCAAGUUCGUCUCUGCAGUCCUCUGUGCUCUCUUCCUCGUCGAUGUCAUCGGCCGCAAGCGUGCCUUGCUCCUUGGUAUCACAUUGCAGGCAAUCUCCAUGAUCUACGUAGCUGGAUUUCUAACCGCGGUACCGGAGCUGGGAGUAGAAGAUGAUUACGUACUGCCCGCAGCUGAAGCGAGUGCCAGUCGUGGUGCUAUCGCUAUGAUCUAUAUAUCUGGAUGCGGUUGGGCUCUUGGCUGGAACUCGAUGCAGUAUCUCCUAACGGCCGAGCUCUUCCCUUUGCGGAUCCGUGCUUUGUCUACGUCUAUCGUAAUGACUCUACAUUUCGUGAAUCAGUACGGCAACUCGCGCGCUGUGCCCAAUAUGCUACUGCCUACCGCCCAGGGUGGCAUCUCGCCCAUGGGAACAUUCUGGUUCUUCGGCGCCAUUACCAUUGUCGGCGGCCUGUGGGUCUGGUUUUUCGUCCCCGAGACUGGCGGCCGUUCACUAGAAAGCAUGGAUCGUCUAUUUGAACUGCCAUGGUACAAGAUUGGGCGUCAUGGUAACGAGGACGCGGAGCGCAAGGACGAGGCCUUUAACGAGAAGGCCGGUAUGGACCCAGAGGCUGAACAAGUCGAAAUAGUCGGUGCUAAGAGAGCAGGCGGAGAUUCACAUGUUUAA